AUGACAACUAAAGAAGAUAUAAUGAAGUACGUACUAGACAUCAUUGAUGUGGAUGAAAGUGAAGCUGCUACCCUUGCUACUGCCGGUAUCACCACUCCAAAGAGCCUGUUGAGGGCAAGCAUGGAAAACCUUCGGAAGCUUUCGGCUGACAGCAUCCUUACUCCCAUCCAACUAGAUGAACUAUUGAGGUUCCGCCAAUGGAUGAAAUCCAAGAAAGACAAGAAUGAAACAAUUCCAACAUCCAUCGAUGAAUGGAAAAAUGACUUUACUGUGGCAGUUUUUGAAGCCUUUUGUGACCAAGAGCAGGUCCCGACGCCACCACAGGCACCAGCACCAACACUACCACAACUACAAGUACAACAACUCAACAGACAAGCACCACUACAAAGAAACUAA